CAUUUUGUAAAAUAAUAUAUCCCCAAGUUGUUUAACAUGUCCAUCUAGCUAGCUUACCUUCUUAGCUUGCGCUCUAUAAAAAUCAGUGCCACCCAGCCAUGCCGAACAGCCAGCAAGGGGCAGGCAGGAAGAGCAGAGUUGUCACUUAUCACCAACGAACUGCAUAGCCUAGAAACUUGAGGGGAUAGAUGGGCAACAGCCUGCGGUGCUGCCUGGCCUGCGUGCUCCCCUGCGGCUCCUUCGACGUGAUCCGGAUCGUCCACCUCAGCGGCCACAUCGAGGAGUACGCCCGCCCGGUCACCGCCGGCGAGGUCACCGCGGCGCACCCUAACCACGUCCUGAGCCGGCCGUGCUCCCAGGGCGGAGCGCGGCGGAUCCUGAUCGUCGCCCCGGACUCGGAGCUCAAGCGAGGGUGCUUCUACUUCCUCGUCCCGGCCUCGUCGGUGCCGGAGAAGAAGAGGAGGCCGCAGCCGCAGCAGAAAAAGGCGCGGCCGCAGAAGACGCCGCCGCCGAGCGCUGCUGUUGCUAAGGAGGCCAAGGACAAUGGCGACAGGUACCUGGCGGAGGUGCUGUCGGAGGGCAAGGCCAGCCUCAAGCGCCGUCGGAGCAGCCGCUCCACGGUGUGGCGGCCACACCUUCACCCCAUCCUGGAAGAGGCUGCUAGUGACUCGUGAUAGAUAUAUAUCACACGUCUUCGUACUUUCAGCUCGUGUAGCUGUUUCUGCUUCCUCCUCCUCCUCCUCUCUGCCUUUAUGUAAAUAUAGUUAUGGACGUAACAGUCAUGGCAGCCGCGCGCGUGCAUGGUGUGCGCCAUGCCGCCAUGUACGUCGGUGAGAGGCAAGGCAACACCCCCCUUUUUGCCUCUCUGAUUUGCUCCUCCUCCUGCUAAAUUUUUCGCUCUCACCAUUAUUCCCGGUUCAAGUUUUGAGGCCGGUCGGUGAGAGUUACCGAAUAGGCUGCGAAGGAGAAACAGGGAUCAAUAUUGGAUGCUCUUCAUGUACGCUUAUUGAAAUGGAAUGUCCGUUUUGAACUUGAAA